AUUCACACAAUGAUAUCAGGCUAUUCUAAUAAUUCCUCUACAUUCAUUUCUUUUGUAGAAACGGAUCAUGCUAGAAAAUGUAGACCACAGUUCUCCAUAGACACAAUAGCACUGCUCUAGGUCAGCCUUUCUCAACCAGGGUACCCAGGUUUCUUCAGGGGUGCCUUGGCAAAAUGUCUAAAAAUUGUCCAAAACUUGUAUACAAGCCAGUGGGUGGAACAAGCCUGCCUUUUAGUUAUACAAAGCCACAAGAUUUCACUGUGCACCAUUACGACCUUCUAGCCGCUGGGGUCCUGACAAUCAAUGACAUCAUCAGUUGA